GGCCUCUGGAGUUGCCACCGUCGCGGGCGCGAGUAAGCUUUUCAAAAUGUCCAACAAAGAAUCUUGUGGAAAAAAAGAGAAGUCUCGGAGAAAAGGCAGCACCGCAUCACCCAACUUUGACGUAGAAGAUAAGAAAGAGAAAAAAGCUUCAAGUUCUCCUAGUUCAGCUUGCUGUGUAAGGUCUGUUUCAUCAGAGAAGAGAAAACUGAAAUCGGAUCAUACAGACAUUCUGUACUGUGAUAUAAAAAGACAAGAAGUGAAAAGAUUGAAUGUAGAAACCGACACUCCAGGAAGGAGACCAAAAAUCAGUUCUUUAUCCCCUCAAGGGCCUGUUAAACUCCAGGAAGCAUCAUAUUCCGAUGCUAAUCAAAUUGUCUCACAGAACCCUUCUUCACAUGGGACUAAAAAAGAUUUAACUAAAUAUGACAAUUUUAAAGAUAUUAAAUUGACAAAUGUUAGGAGCAAGGCUGACCAUGGAAUUAAAAACUUUUGCGGUCCUAAGAUUGCCAAAGAUGUGAAACCAAAAACAGAAGGCCAAGCAAGUGAAAAACAAUGGCCUCAUUUACUCACUCAGGGGGAGAAGUUGAAAGAACUCAAGAAAGAAAGGUACAGGAAAUUUAGAGACAGUUCUGAAAAAUGUGUUUUGGGGAAACGCAAGAGAAUCCAUUUUUCUCAGGAUUGUAAUUCCGACAAGAUAAUCAAGGAAUCCCUUGAAUCUAGAAGAAGGAAGAUCAGUUUCAAAAUCCCAAUAAAAUCCCGUGAUACUCUCCAGAAGCUUGUAGAAGAGAAUGUCUUCAAUUUAGAGUCUAACAAUUCAAAGACUAAGCAGGAGAAGAAAGAAAGACUGAAAGGUUCCCAAGCUUCAUUAAAUUUGACUAGGCACAAAAGUGAACAUUUAUUUUCAGAAUCCACGUAUAAACAGUCUGUACAUGAGUGGAAAGGAAAAUAUCAUCAUGAGCAUCGAGAAAGUAAUGAUUCAGGUUUUGGUGAAAACCCAAUCCAGAGUUUUGAAGCUCCAUGUUCUUCAGUGUCCCUUGAAAGUAUUCAAGAUACAGAUCAAGAGAUGCAGAUAGUGGAAGAGCUCCAUGCUGUACGUGUGGGGAAAAGUGUGGAUUUACCUGUGGUUUUAUCUUCCGGGGAGUUAACGAGCAUGGAGAUUGACUUGGUGGACGAUGAUGUACAUUCCUCUCCUGCAAAAAGUGCUUCAGAUAAAAAGCUUCUAAUUGUUAUUGACACAAAUAUUCUGAUGAAUCAUCUCAAAUUUGUUAGAAUUUUGAAGACCACAGAAAUCCCAGGCUUUGAUAGACUUGUGUUAAUAAUUCCCUGGGUGGUUGUACAAGAGCUAGAUCGUAUGAAGGCAGGAAAACUACUAAAACACGCCCAGCACAAAGCUAUACCUGCAGUUCAUUUUAUCAAUGACAGUCUCAAAAAUCAAGAUAAAAAGCUAUGGGGUCAAUCAAUACAACUCGCAUCUCAAAAAGUUUAUGGGCUGAGUGAUGAGAACAAUGAUGAUCGAGUAUUAAAAUGCUGUCUUCAGUACCAGGAAUUAUUCCCUUCUUCUGUUGUUAUUCUGUGCACGGAUGAUAGAAAUUUAAGAAACAAAGGCCUAAUAAGUGGUGUGAAGUCACUCAGUAAAGAAGAAUUGAGUGCAGAUUUAUUAAACUUAUCUCCGAACACAGAUGUAUGUCAUCAACCUUGUUUAUCUAAACAACAAUUGAAAGCAGAAGCGACACCAUUAGAAGAGAGCUAUAAGGGAGAAUCUGUACAUUCCAGACUACCCAUUCUACUUGAAAGCAUCAUAUCUGAUCUUGAAAAAUCUCUUGGAACAGCUUUAUCUUCAAUACUAGAAACAGAAAUGAAAAUUGCUUUUGGAAACCUCUGGAUGGAGAUGCUGUACUUGAAACCACCAUGGACUCUAAUUCAUUUAUUACAGUGCUUUAGAAAACAUUGGUUGGCUGUAUUUGGAUUAGUUAUGGAGAAGAACGUGCUUUUAACCAUUGAGAGCCUAUAUGAAAAUCUCUGUAAAGCAUUAGAAUUAAAUUUAGCUAAAGACAAAGUUCUUGGAGUUGAUCCAGGUAUUCUGGAUUCAGAUUCCCUCAACAUAAACAGAAGUGAGGCCUUGAUGCCAUAUUCAUCUCCGCCAACACCAGACAUGUGGCCAGAUUUCACAGGGGUGACCCGUGGAUAUACUGCCAUCUUAGAAGCUGUGAGACCAGAGCAGACACAGGUCAAGGCAAAACUUAAGCAAAAUCCUUCAGAAACUACAGUGCGUAAAAAGCAAGAAGAUACCUCGUUAAUGAAAUCUAAUAACCAAGAAGUCACCAUUUUCUCAGGUUCUCAUCUUCCCCAGCCCAACAGGCAUCAAAAAAUCUGGUCUACCCUAGAGAAUGUUUGGACAACAUUAUAUCAGAACAGCAUGGAUGUAUUUCAAAGAUUGGGCUCAAAUGCAGCUUUGACUUCUUCAAAAAUAGCAUCAUUUGAGGAAGCAUUUGUAUAUCUUCAAAAGUUAAUGGCAGCUGUGAAGGAUAUUCUUGAAGGAAUUCAGAGGAUUUUGGCCCCUAACAGUAAUUUUCAAGAUGUUGAGACCCUCUAUAACUUCCUAGUCAAGUAUGAGGUGAAUAAAAAUGUCCAAUUCACUGCCCAGGAACUUUAUGAUUGUGUCUCACAGACUGAGUAUCGGGAAAAGUUAACCAUUGGAUGCCGCCAGCUGGUCGAGAUGGAAAAUUCCAUGCAGCAGUGCAAUGCAUCUGUCUAUAUGGAGGCCAAAAACAGGGGAUGGUGUGAGGACAUGCUUAACUAUAGGACCUAA